GCACCUUCUUGAAUUUAACAAAAUCCCGGAACACAAUGACUAAACGCCACCUCUGGCAUCGUCAACAUGGAAAAUGGGAUUCACAUCCUCGGAUUGGGAAAUCUGGGAAAAUAUGUUGCUUUGGCGCUGAGACGCAACCAGCAGACGACCGUCACGGUCCCCCGCCAAUUUUCACCUGUCACGCUCAUUUUUCACCGAAAAGGCCUUCUCGAGGAUUGGGAACGCGAAGAUCGAUCGAUUCGAUAUUACACGCCCGAUUGUUUGGAAAUUAGGCCAGGACCACCCAUCGAGAAAUUCCGAGCCACCGGCUUCCGUGUUGAGUGUCUCGGCAAUGCGAACGGCGCGAAUCACGGCGUUGAGAACAACCCCCCGGUGAUCAUUGGCAGCAAGUCCCCGAUCAAGCAUCUUAUCGUGACGACCAAGACCUAUGCAACGGCCGCCGCCCUUGCCCCGAUCAAGGACCGGCUAAGCAAAAACUCGCAUAUCCUGUUUCUCCAGAACGGCAUAGGUGUUACCGAUGAGGUGUCUAAUAAGCUUUUCCCGGACCCGGAGACCCGGCCGACAUACUGGGCUGGAAUUUGCAGCGCGGGCGUAUACAGCACAUCUCCCUUCUCCAUUGUCCAUGCCGGCUAUGGACCUUUAAUGAUGGGCGUUGUUGGCAUCCAGUCCACAAGAGACUCCCCGCACGCAGGCGAGGAUUACAUGGCCUCCCAGUUCUUGAAAACCGGGUUGCUCCAGACUACUUUACUCUCACCGGAGCAGAUCGUACAUGCCCAGUUGAAGAAGCUUGUCAUCAACGCAAUCAUCAACCCUCUAACGGCCUGCUUCAACUGCAAGAACGGACAAGUGUUCGAAGGCGAUGAGAGGCAAACUCUUUAUCGUAAUCUUCUUCAAGAAGCCGGUGCCAUUGUCAGGGAUCUGCUUCCCCAGCCAAACAGCCUUCGCGAGACGGUUUUCUCGGAUCAAGCCCUGAGCACCCUAGUCGAGGAGGUCGCCGAGAAGACUGCCAACAACACAAGCUCAAUGUUGCAGGACGUACAGGCUGGAAGGCGAACCGAAAUCAACUAUAUCAACGGCUAUCUUGUCUCGCAAGGAAAGAGGUUAGGUUUGCCGACCACACACCAUGAAGCGGUUUACGAGACGAUCAAAGCGUUGGAGGAUGGCCAUCCCGAACCACCCGUGUGAAGUCUGACGAAGCUCUGCUCCAGAGCUUGGCCGUAAACUUCCCGGAGCGUCAGAUUUGGCAUCGACGGUAAUAACGGACCAAUAAUACUCGGCAAGCGUCAUCAACGGAAAUGGAUUAUGACAAUUUCCCUUGCGCAACUGCUGACCGGAGCGGCGUGUCAGGAUU